AAAAAUAAAUCACUAUUUACACACACACACACAAUACUUUUCAUUAACAAUUUGCAAAACUAUUGAAUCAUUUUUCUGCCAAACCUGAUAAUAAUAAUGGACAUUGUACAAGUUUAUUAUACUGAUAUGGAAUCUAAUCCACCAUUAUAUGAUGUUUAUUGGAAAGAUUGUGAAUUCAGUUUGUUGAAUCCAUUUCAAAGUGGUGAACAAAAUUCACACAAUGGAUCUGAUUACUAUUUUGUGAUUAAAAUAUUGAAAAUAAUUCCUACAGCACAAGAACAAGAACCAAAUCGGCAAUAUGAAAAAGGUGCUAUGAAAAUGAUACAAUUGAGUACCAUUCGUGAAUUGUGGUCACUUGAAUCAUGUGAAUUGACAUUCAAUAUCGAUCAACGCCCUAUUCAUUAUCGUGUUGAAUUUUCAAAUGAUUUUGAAAUAAUAUGGAUGAUUUCGCUUAUUAUAAGUGAAAUUCCUUGUUUCGUUUGGAAUGAACAGAUAACUAAUUUAAGUGAACGUCAUUAUGUAGUACAGAAUGAAAUUUUAUGCAAAAAACAUUAUAAACCAAUCGAAUCGCCACAAAAUCAAAUCACAAAUAAUAAUAAUGAUGAUGAUGAUGAUGAUGAAACAAUUGAAAAAAUUCGUUCAUAUUCCGAACCGGGAAAUUAUCGUAGAAAACAAUCACGAUCAUUAACAGACAUACAGCAAAUUAUUGAAUCAUGGGCAGAUGCAAUCACUGAUACUGAUACUGAUGAUGACGAUGAUUAUGAUUAUGAUGCUACAAAAGAAGCCAAAAAUGUCGAUACUAAUAAUGAAAAUCUUAAUAUUGGUAAUGAUGUUGAUUAUUACUGGACUGAAAAUGACAUGAAAGAUAUGACAUUUAAUGUUGAUGAAUUUGAUGAUGAUGAAUUUUUUAAUGCUAAUGAUGAUUCAUCAUCAUCAUCAUCAUCAUACUACGAUGAUUAUGAAGAAAAACAUUUGAAUGAUGAUGAAUCGGAAAUGCCAGCACCAGAAUCCAAUGAAUCUGAUGAAAUUCCUACUAUGAAUGAAACAGAUGAUGAUAAUAAAACAGUUACAACAACAACAACAACUGUUAACGGCGAUUAUGACGAAGAUGAUGAUAAUGAUGAUGUAGAUGUUAAAGAUGAACAUAAAUCCCGGUUUUCUAUUCUUUUUGAUUUUAUAAAAUUCUGUUCAUUUGGCUGCAUUCCAAAAAACAAUCUUGAUUAUGAAAUGAAAUGA